CCCAGGUCAUCGUAAAAGGAGCAGACCCACAGCUUUUGGCUGUUAGAUAGCUAUCCAGCUAACUUUACAUCUAGCUAUGCCUGGAAAAUGUAAAUUCCAAGACUCCUGGCUGUCAAAGGACGCUUUCAAAGACUGGCUGAUGAAGGACGCCCAUGACAUUCACUUCGCUCGAUGUAGGGCCUGUUGUAAAUCAAUCAAACUUCAGACCAUGGGCGAGGCUGCUCUCACUAGCCACGCAGGGGGAGCUGGUCACAAAGCAGCGGUCCGUAAGCUGCUGGAAGGUAAUUUAAUAAAUGACAGCGGGCAGUUGAACGGCAGUGACAAUCGGGGAGAAGACAGCAAGGAACAAGUGGCCAUCUGCAUCCAGCGUGACGCCUUGGACAGAAUUACAGGCAGCGAAUGGUCAGAUCAGCGCCACAGUCCCACCACAAACUCCACCUCCCACAAUGCAGAGCUGCAGGAUGUGACAUUUCCUGCUGCCUACUUCACAGCUCCAGGCACCUCCAGGCUCAUUGGCCAGCGUUUUCACCAGUCAGACAUCGAGACAGAAGACACCAGCCACCACCUUGCUCACCAUGACCCUCUGGACUUAACGAGACUGGAGCAGCAGCAGCAAAUGAGGAUCCUGGAGUGGGAGAACAGGAUGAAGGUGCUGGCGUGGGAACAGGAGCUGGUAAGGGAGAAGAGGAGAGCAGCCCGGCAGGAGGAGAGAGCUUUCAGGAUGAAGAAGGCUUACUACAAGGCCAAGCUAAAGAGACUGGGUGAGGAUGUGCCACCAUCUUCCUCCAGCAGUAGCGAUGAAGAGGAGAAAGUAACUCAUGUGAACAGCUGAUUUGUUUUAAGUUUUUUAGUACUUGUUCAUUGUAUUGUUUUAUCUAAAUGCCAUAGAACUAUUGAUAUUUUUUCAUAGAUUUAUAGAAAUUCUUGUUAUCCUCCACUAUUGAGUAAAAUAUUAGCUUUGGUUCUUUGUUUUAGUUAUUUCAGUGCCUAAAAUCAUUGUUUCAAACAAGAGCCAAACGCUAGUCAGCUCCAACUGGGAGUCUCCAGCAUGACUGGACCAGGGCUGAAACAUUGGAAACUAAGACAAGCCGACUCUGUGGAGCUGCUACUGCAGAUAAAAUGUCCUGGUUUGCUCAGAGGUGACUUGCUCGGUGGUUCCUGUGUGGAAAUGCCAAACAAACAAGAACUGAACUAGGUCUCACUUGACUGAAAUGAAGAAUGAAUUUCUCAAAGUCAGAGGGGUUGAAGUUUUACAAAAGGACCACCGAAAAAUGGCACACAAUAGAAAUACAUGUAAAAACUACUUUGAAUGCUUUAUCUAUCUAAAAAAAUCUAAAGGACAAUGACUGUUUUAUCUGUAAUUUAUCACAUUGUGUAUUCAGUAUUCAAAAUGAAAAGAUAUUCUUUAAAAGUAAAACUUUAUUAUAGCUUAUUUAAAAGAUUGACCUGAGCUUCUGACAAAUAUAGAAAGUAUAUUCAUAAGUGGACAGUUUUCUAUCAGAUAUUGGUAGUGCAUGCUAACCUAAGCAUGUAUGCUUUUAACUUUUUUUUAUGUAAAUCAGUGCAUUUUGGUAGAACCCUGAAUAAGUGAGUAUGAUGACACUUGCUAAUUUUAUCAGCAUGCGAUUGUUUUUGCAUCUUUUAUGACAGUAAUCAGCUUGAAUAUUCUGUUGUCACGACUUCUCUUUGAGGCCUUUCAGCUGGCCGCUGGUCUGCUAUUGUUCAGCCGUGAGAGCUGCUGAGGUCCAGCAACAGUACAGGGCAAAAAUAUUCACGUUUUUGAUUGGGUUAACAUCAUGGCUCUCGACAGAUUGGUCAACUUUUCACACUAUUUAGAAACAUAUUUAAUUAUGGGUCUUAUUUUAAAAAACGGCCUGUACUGCGACCAUUUAGUUUGUGUUUUUGCUUUGUGAUUUCCCAUAAUGGAGUGAGUUUGGGCUUUCGUGGCAAAAGUGUUCCACAGUAAAAGAUGUUCGGGACUUGGGAGCAUUGUUGUGAAAUGAAAUAUUGUUUUAUUGUAUUUUUAUUUGUCUUAAGUUUUCAUUAACUGGCCUAUAAAGAGUCUUGAGAUAACAUUGAGUUUGUUUUUACAGCAAAUAACCAAAUGACAAACCCAACAAUCAGAUAUAAGUCACUGUAAUAAACAUGCUGCAGCCUCAAGAUAUUUUCUUUUCAGAUAUUUGUGCAUGACAGAUGUGCUGCUGUGGUAAGUCAUAUCUGUUUUCUAAAGAGGACGGAGCACAGUUUUAUCAGGUCUCCUUUUAAAAAUUCCCACACUUUGGAGAAUUUUUGUCCAAACUUUUUUGAAUGUAUUUCAUUUUUAUACCCCCAAUGUGGUAGCUGUAAUUAUUGGGAAUGGACUUGCGUUAGCAUGCUACACAAAUAACUAAAAUCACAUAGUUGGUAGAAUUGAUUGCAUCAUUGCGGUCCAGGUCUACUUGAAAUAAAUGCAUUAAUAAGGCUAAAGAGUUUUGAAUUUGCAAUCUUUUAAAUUUAAACCUCAGAUCUGAAUCUAAGACAACAUCCAGAUUUCUAACAUCAGAUUUAACUCACGUUACUGAACAAUAUUUUCCUUUUGGUCUGAGGUAAUCAUGUAUUGUCUGUUGGUUUGGCUGAGUGUGUUUUGAGUUAUUCCACUGUGACCCCCACUCAUUAUGUACAAUACACUUGAUUUUACGGACAGAUUAUUUAUAUUCUGCAUUCCAUUAAAAUUCACCUAC